GCGAAAGCGGUUCUGUGUGUGACGUCACUUUUUACCCAUAAUAUAAAUUCCAAGAUGGCGACCCAGAAGGAAGUUGCCCUUAACGGUCAAAAGACGGUUGAAAGUAAAUCUCCAUUACUGAAGAAGACAACGAGCCUUGUACUACCAAAAGAUGAGCAUGUCAAGAAAAAAAGGAAGAUCAGUUUUGAAGCAGAGACAAAACCUCAGCUAAUUCUCGAAAAUUUAGGCAAAACGCAACGCUUGAGUUCGUCCGAGGAAAGUUGGAACAUCACCUCCAUGUCAUCGCCUUCUCGCUCACCUUCGCCGACCAAAGCAACCAACAGCUUAAAGACAACCUUGAAAAAGAUAAAAAAAGAAGGGAAGUGUGAAUUUACUCCCUCAGCACCAGAGAUAAUUUCACACAAUGACUUGAAACUGAAAAUCAAGAGAAAUUCAGUUGAUACAAAUCACGAGAGCAAUGGUGCUGCUAAACUCAACGGAGGAUCAGAUGUCAAGAAGAAAAAGAAGAAACACAAGGACCAUCAUCACCACCAUCAUAACCACGAAGAAGAAAAGAAUUUCAACGACCAAGAUUAUUCUAUACGGUUAAAUCCCAAAGAAAAGACUCGUCUGUCUCAUCUCAUUCACACUGAAGUUGAUGCUAAUGGGGGCGCCUCAGUCCUCCAUGUUUAUUCCGAUGAAAUUGCAGGUUUACGAGAAGAAAAAUUGCAGAAGUUUGUAAAACUUUUUUUCCGUGAAGUCUUUGCUGAAAAGAGUGAAGGUGUAGCGAAAAAUGUAAUGGGCAUCGUUCACAAUGCAGCAGCAUAUCUGCCUGAACUUGUGAAGUAUUUUGGAGUGAACCAUCCGAAUCUUGUUGUCAAGGUGUCGUCAUUGUAUAAAAAGUCAGACCUUGAGACUUUAAAAAUGGAGGAGUUCUCUCAAAGAGUGCAAUCUUCGUAUUCUCAUGGGACAUAUCGAUCAGGACCUUUACUGCAGUUCAGCUUAGUUGGAACUGUGCAAGAAGAAAGUGGAGGGUAUUUCCCAGAAUUUCUGGACCUUCUUGAACAAUGUCUGUUUCUAAAGGAGACUAUGCCGUGGGGAAGUUUCUCUGCCCUUAAUUUACCUGAACGAAACAAAAGCAAUGACGGUCCGAUUUUGUGGGUUCGACCAGGAGAGCAGGUUGUUCCUACAGCGGAGUCCAAGUCUCCAUACAAAAAACGGAGAAUUGGUGUUAAUGAACUUCAAAACCUACAGUACCUGCCCAGAGCCUCUGAGCCCAGAGAAAUUCUUGCUGAAGACAGAACGCGGUGUCAUGCUGACCAUGUUGGACAUGGUUUUGACAGGCAGACUACUGCAGCGGUGGGAGUCUUGAAAGCAGUUCAUUGUGGAGAAAUUCCUUCUGCCAACAGAGAUUGCAAAGAUGUGGUGUGUUUUAGUGCUGAAAACUUCAAUUUUCUGGCUCAGAAAUUACAGUUGGAUCUUCAUGAACCCCCAGUUCAACAGUGUGUCAGCUGGGUAGAUGAUGCAAAACUUAAUCAGCUAAGAAGAGAAGGUGUGAAAUAUUCCAAGUUCCUUCUGCGAGAUAAUGACAUCUACUUCAUCCCUCGUAACGUCAUUCACCAGUUUAGAACAGUAACCGCAUGUACAAGCCUAGCAUGGCAUCUGAGAUACAAGAACUACUACCCAGAAGUCAAGGAAGCAGAAAAAACCAUUGAGCAAUAAGCAAGCAUCGUGUAAGUGUUACUGUACAACCUGCUCAAGACUCACUGGGAUGCCAACUCGAGGGCUUUUAGCCAGAUGGGCAUCCAGGCGUCCUGUGGACAGCCACUUAUUAAAGAAAAUUGUUUAAUUUGUCUCAUGUUGCAUUAUAAAUUGUUGAUUUGAGCAGGCCCCAUAGCACAUUUUGGACACCCACUUAUUAAAUCCUGGCUAAAAGCCUGCUGACCUGGAUGCCCUUCUUAGAAACUCCAAGACUAGGGCUAAAAUAAAAAUGAUUUUAGAUUACGAUAUGAGAAAAAAAAAA